UAUAACAUUUUGCUUAGCCUUUCUUGUUUGUUAAGUCGUCCAUAAGUCUUCCACAUGAAACUCAAACUCAUGGAGAGGACUAGCUUCUUUUUUUCUGUUGCAUUGUUGAUACACUCUCGUUGUUCUAUGGUUUGCUUGGCUAGGUCCAUUCUUCCAAACUCAACUACCGAUCAAUAUGCUCUGCUUGCCUUCAGAUCCCAUAUCACUUAUGAACCUGAAGAUGUAUUAGCCAAUAAUUGGUCUACCACUACCCCAGUUUGCAAUUGGGUCGGUGUCUCUUGCGGUCUCAGGCACCACAGAGUCACAGCCUUGAAUCUGUCUCUUAUGGGUCUCCAAGGUACCAUCGCUCCACAUCUUGGAAAUCUCUCAUUCCUGGCAUCACUUGACAUUAGUUACAACAAUCUCAAAGGGUAUAUACCUGAAGAGUUGGCUCAUUUGCGUCGAUUAAAAGAAAUCAAUUUGGGGCUCAACAAUUUGAGUGGAGGGAUUCCAUUAUGGUUUGGGAUUUUACAAAAACUCCAUAAGUUGAUACUGUAUAACAAUAGUUUCACAGGUACUGUUCCAAAAUCACUAUGCAACAUCUCGAAGCUACAUAUAUUGGAUAUCUCAAACAAUUCUUUACAAGGAAAUAUUCCGGAAGAGAUUGGUAAUCUUUCUAAACUGGAAGUAUUACGCUUGUACUUUAACAAGCUCACAGGUGCCAUACCAUCGACCAUCUUCAACAUUUCUUCUUUGAGAAGGAUUAGUUUGGGAGGCAAUGGAUUGUCCGGAAGUUUGCCUGUAGAUAUGUGCAACAAUCUUCCUAAGCUUGAAGGAUUUUAUGUUACUUGGAAUCAACUUAGCGGGCAAAUUCCAUCCAAUUUAUACAAAUGCCGGGAGCUCCAAGUUUUAUCAUUGUCGGCCAAUGACUUCAAUGGUAGGAUACCUAAAGAAAUUGGCAACCUAACCAAGCUCAGGGUGUUGUAUCUUGGUGUAAACAACUUGAAAGGUGUAAUUCCAUUGGAGAUAGCUAAUCUUCAACAUCUAGAACUAAUCGAUGUGAGGAGUAGCUCUCUAACAGGAACCAUCCCAUCUUCUAUCCUCAACAUUUCAUCAUUGCAAGUUAUAAGCUUCUAUAACAAUACACUAUCUGGAAGCCUCCCAGCGACCAUUCAUUACAACCUUCCCUUUCUUAGAGUGCUAGAUCUUUCUUCAAAUCAACUCACAGGUAGUAUAUCCAAGAAAAUUGGGAACCUUACUUCAAUCAAAGGCCUGUAUCUUCAAUACAACUACUUGACAGGUACUUUACCAGAUGAGAUUGGUAACCUUAAUCUCGAGUUUCUUUAUGUCAAUGGAAACACUUUGACUGGCACCAUUCCGUUCAAAAUAUUUAAUGUGUCAACAAUGAAACGCCUUGCCCUGUCAGACAAUUACUUCUCAGGCCAUCUUCCUCUGGACAUGGGGGUUAGGCUUUCUAAUCUUGAAUACCUUAAUCUGGGUGGCAAUAAACUCGGUGGAAAAAUCCCAAGCUCUAUCUCGAAUGCUUCUAGGCUAAUCAUCAUUGGCAUGAUCUCUAAUUCAUUCACUGGAUGUAUACCCAAUACGCUUGGUAGUUUAAGAUUCUUGCAGUAUCUCGUCCUUGGCUCAAAUAGUUUGACCAGAGAAUCUUCUACCCCGGAGUUGAGACUUUUCUCUUCUUUAAUGAAUUGCAGACAAUUGAAGCAAUUGAGCAUAUCAUUAAAUCCCCUAAACGGCAUACUUCCAAAUUCAUUGGGAAAUUUGUCUUCCUCGCUUCAAGCCUUUGAUGCAUUUGGAUGCCAACUCAAGGGCAACAUCCCAACUAGAAUCGGGAAUUUUAGCAACUUGUAUUUCAUAGACUUAAGAAGCAACCAACUGACUGGACCUAUCCCAAAAACAAUAGGGGCAUUAAAAAAUCUCGAAAGUUUAUAUCUUCAAAAUAAUAGAUUGCAUGGAUACAUUCCAGAUGAUUUUUGUCGGUUAAGGAGAUUGGGGGACCUACACUUGAGUGAUAAUAAGCUAUAUGGACAGAUCCCUACGUGCUUGGGCGAGCUUAAGUCUCUCAGAUGGCUCUACCUUGACUCCAACAAAUUGACUUCCGGUGUACCGCCAAACUUGUGGAGCCUUGAAGAUCUAUUGGCUAUAAACUUAUCCUCAAACUUUCUAAGAGGUUAUCUACCAUUAGAUAUUGGAAAUUUGAAAGUUAUAGGAUCUAUAGACUUGUCAAGGAAUCACUUGUCAGGUACAAUCCCCAACACCAUCGGAGGAGCUCAGUCGUUAGUUUCUCUCUCCUUGGCGCACAAUAAAAUGCAAGGACCUAUUCCUCACUCGCUGGGCAACUUGAUAAGCUUGGAGUUGUUAGAUCUAUCAGGUAACAACUUUUCUGGAGUUAUUCCCAAAUCCUUGGAGGCACUCAGGUAUCUCCAAUAUUUCAAUGUGUCUUUCAACAGACUAAAAGGAGAAAUUCCUACGGGAGGACAUUUUGCCAACUUUACAGCCAAGUCAUUUUGGCAUAAUGAUGCACUGUGUGGUGUACCACGAUUGCAAGUUUCCCCGUGCAAAACCAACAAGAAUCCGCAAUUUGCUAUUCUAAAAUAUGUUUUACCCUCUGUUGCAUUUGCAAUUCUUGUUGUGGCCUUUGUAUUUUUGUUGAUGGGACGCCGAAACCAGAAGAUCAAAUUGCAGACCCAAGCAGAUUUGUCUUCUCUUGCAUGGAGGAGGGUUUCGUAUGAGGAACUUCUACGAGCAACAGAAGCAUUUAGUGAUACAAACCUAAUCGGCAUAGGGAGUUAUGGUUCAGUAUAUAAAGGAGUGCUCUUGGAUGGGAUGAGUAUUGCGGUAAAGGUUUUCAAUUUGCAACUAGAAAGAGCCUUCAAGAGUUUUGAUGUCGAGUGCGAACUAAUGCGCAACAUUCGUCAUCGAAAUCUAAUUAAAAUUAUCAGCAGUUGCACUAACUUGGAUUUCAAAGCCUUGAUACUAGAGUACAUGCCUAAUGGGAGCCUCGAGAAGUGGUUGUAUUCUCACAACUGUUGCUUGGAUAUCCUCCAACGAUUAAAUAUCAUGAUAGAUGUUGCAUCAGCCUUAGAAUAUCUACAUCAUGGUCAUACAACACCCAUUGUUCACUGCGAUUUGAAGCCCAGCAAUGUCCUCCUCGAUGAAGACAUGGUUGCACACGUUGCUGAUUUUGGAAUUGCAAAACUCUUAAGUGAAGGGGAUCUUAUGGUACAAACCAUGACCUUGGCAACAAUUGGGUAUAUGGCACCAGAAUAUGGAACGGGAGGAAUAGUAUCUACAAGAGGUGACGUCUACAGUUACGGUGUUAUGUUGCUAGAAACAUUCACGAGGAAGAAGCCGACGGAAGAAAUGUUUGCUGGGGAGAGCUUGAAGCAUUGGGUGAAUGAAGCAUUAAUGGAUGGUUCAAUCAUUGGAGUUGUGGACUGUAAUUUGAUGGGAAGAGAAGAAGAAGAUUUCUCUGUGAAGGAGCAAUGUGUAUCAUCAAUCUUGGGUUUGGCCAUGGAAUGUUCAAAUGAUUCACUUGAGAAAAGGAUCAACAUCGAAGAAGUCUUGGUUAGACUCAAAAAAUUUAGGGUCUCCUUUCUAGCAAAUAUUGGUAGGACUAGAAUUUAAAAGCAAUCAAGAUUAUUAUGUAUUAGGUUUAGUAAUAUUAUGUACUUCCCACAUUAUUUCCUGUUAUAGUGAGGCUAAUAUCUUCUUUUUAUUUCACAAUUUAAUCAAGAAAAAAUGUCUCUAUAUAUAUAAUCAAAACUGAAAAAACUACUUCAAUUUGAGCAAACUAUGCAAAUUGAAUUUGAAUAUUUAAAUUCAAAGUCAAUUGAAAAAAAAAAA